ACGAGCGGUGUAGUUAUAAUAGAGUUUUAAACGCUACUAAAAUGAUAAAUCUAGUUCAAAUCACAAAGUUACUGGUGAUCAGUGGUUUAUUACUGACAGCACCAAUUCAAGCCAACGAAAAACUAAACCGACUGAUCGAAGUCUGCAGCACUGGACUCGACGUGUCACAGGAUCAAAUCAAGCGCUACCGAAAGGUAGACUUCCCGGACGAUACGGCCACCAAGUGCAUGCUGCGUUGCAUCGGUCUAAAUUUGGGCGUUUACGACGACUUGAGUGGAGUGCAUAUGCACGAUACCUGGCUUAUGUUCCGAGAGGGACGCAACGACUCGGAUGAGAGGGCUUUUGCCGAUCAGCACUAUCGAUGUAUUGGCGGUCAGCUGGCGCGAGUACCGGAGAAUGACUACUGCGGUCGGGUGUACGCCGUUUAUCAGUGCUACAAGGACGAGUUCGAAACGUUGAUGAGAAAGCUGGGGAAUAGUAGUGGUUAAGAUUCGCCGAAGGAUGGUAA